AUGGACUCACGCGCCUAUACUUAUCUCGUCGGCGUCGGCGUCACCCAUUCGAUCGCCCCGCCGAUGCACAAUUACAUCGCCAAGUCAUUGGGGUACAACUGGGAAUUCCAAGCACGAGAAUGCCAAUCCGUUGAGGAUGCAAUCGAGCUUUUCCGCCAACCAACCUUUGCCGGAGGCGUUGUUACGAUGCCCUAUAAGCGAACCAUCAUGGAACAUCUGGACGGGCUGGAUGACUACGCAACCAAGCUAGCUGCCUGCAACAACGUCUACCGGUCUUCAGAUGGACAACUGAGAGGCACCAAUACCGACUGGAGAGGAAUCGAAGGGUGUCUUCUCAGUGCGAGUCCUGAAGGCAAGGGAAAACCGGCCGUCGUGAUUGGGGCGGGGGGCGCAUGCCGUGCGGCGAUAUUCACCCUGCACGAAAGGCUGGGUUGCAGUCCGAUCUACAUCGUGAACCGUGAUGCAGAUGAAACGGCCGCGCUAUUUGAAGAAACCAAGCAGAACUACGAGCAAGACCUUCAGUUGGUGCACGUACAGUCUACGGAGCAAGUGCGCGGUUUAGCAGCACCAUACUACGUCGUAGGUACGGUGCCUGAUGCGGAGCCGAUCGCACCGGAAGAGGUGCAAGUCCACCAAGUCCUGAACGAAUUCCUCAAGGCUGCCGAGGACAAAGGUGUUCUAUUGGACAUGUGCUUCAAGCCUAGAAACACACGGAUUCUGCGAGCCGCCGAAGGCUGCAUGAGCUCAUUCGAUUAUAUAAAUAAGUGUCAAUGGAGCCACUCGUCAUUCAACCUUAAGCUUUCCUUUUUUCAUCCCCACGCCGGCUUUGAAGGUGUGGAGAUCUUCUACGAAGAUCUCGAGUAUCUCGCCAAAGAAAAAGGCACUCUCAAUAAUGAGAACUUGUUUGCAGCUGCCCAUGAAAUCCGGGCCCUAUGCGAUCGGUACAAGCUCGAAGUGAUUGGGAUGCAGCCAUUCAUGUUCUACGAAGGAUUGAUCGAUCGGUCUCAACAUGAGCAGAAACUGCAAAAAUUGAAAGUCUGGUUCCAGAUUGUGAAGAUCCUAGGCACCGAUAUCAUCCAAAUCCCGUCCAACUUUCAGUCCGACGGCAUCUCCGGGGACCGCGAUCUGAUUGUUGCCGAUAUGAUCGAGAUCGCCGACCUGGGGCUGAAGGAGACCCCAGUCAUCCGCUUUGCGUAUGAGAACCUGGCUUGGGGCACUUAUAUUUCCACCUGGGAGGAUAUGUGGGAUAUUGUCCGUCGCGUUGACCGACCCAAUUUUGGGUGCUGCCUGGAUACCUUCAACAUCGCCGGCCGGGUCUGGGCAGAUCCCACAAGCCCCUCUGGAAAGACGCCAAAUGCCGACAUGGACUUGAGCAAGUCCAUCGAAAGCCUCACAAAAACGAUAGAUGUCAGAAAGGUCUUCUAUGUACAGGUGGUGGAUGCCGAAAGAAUGGAGUCGCCCUUGGUCCACGGCCAUCCGUACCACGUCGAAGGCCAACCAGCGCGGAUGAGCUGGAGUCGCAAUGCACGGUUAUUCUUGUACGAGGAGGACAAGGGAGGAUAUCUUCCUGUGGUACAAGUAGCCAGAGCCUUUCUGGAGGGCCUUGGUUACAGAGGAUGGGUUUCAAUGGAGCUUUUCUCCAGGACAAUGGCGGAUCCAUCCCCCACCACACCAAAGACACACGCACAAAGAGGUAUCCAAGCAUGGAACGGGUUAAAACAGGAGUUGGGGCUGUUGUGA